GAAACUGGCCAGAAUCUGUGGCUCCAGAAUCAGUUGUUUCGCAAGCAAAUGCGGCUUAUUAUGAGCCAAGAUGGCGGCAUAUGAAACGCCAGUUUCCGUUUUAGUCGAGAGCAAGGGGGCGGGUUUAAAACGGCAUCACAGCUGAUCUGGAGGUUUUGCCCCCCUUAAGUUGUUUUUUGCAGAGAACAGCCUUGCAGAGAUGGACCUUUCCCAUGUUUUCCUUCUCCGUUUCUUGAUAUUGUUUAACGUUGCGCAUUUGUUUUUAAAUCUAAACCCCCUAUUUUCUUCAGCCUAGUAUCGGAUUUAAACGCUGGCGGAGCUUAACUAUGACACUUAUUCUCAGACUAAACUGCUUUUGUCGCACGCUUUCACCCGAUUACCCUCGUCUUUUUUUCAUCGGCGGUGCAUUUAACACGGUUCAGUUGUAGUGUUCCCCCCCCCCCCCCCCUCCACAGCAUCCCAUGUGUUAGUGCGGUGGAGAUGUUUUCGGCAGGAGAGGAGGUCGAUUCCUACUUGUUUACCUCACUGGACGAGUCCCCUGAAACCGCGAUCUCCCCAACACUGGAGCUUGGUCUGACUGCCGUGUACACCGUCCUGUACUCCCUCCUGUUCGCCUUCGUUUACCUGCAGCUCUGGCUCAUUUUGCACUACGGACACAAGCGCUUCAGCUACCAGAGUGUGUUUUUGUUUCUGUGCUUGCUGUGGGCCGCGCUGAGGACGACCCUCUUCUCCUUCUACUUUAAAAAUGUGGUGCAGGCCAACCGGCUGCAGCCUCUGGCCUACUGGCUGCUCUACUGCUGCCCCGUCUGUCUGCAGUUCUUCACACUCUGCCUACUGAACCUCUACUUCACACAGGUGAUGUUUAAGGCUAAAGCCAAGUAUUCCCCGGAGCUCACAAAAUACAAGGUUACUCUGCGUUUAUUCUUCCUGUGUCUCGGUGUAUUUUUCCUGGUGGUGAAUCUGACUUGUGCGUUAUGGGUGCAAGGAGCUCUGGAGCGCUCCGAACCUCCGAGUGACGGGGGUAUCCAGCACGCAGUUCUGGCCAGGGUCUUGAUCAACGACAGUCUGUUUGUCCUGUGCGCCGUCUCUCUUGCCGUCUGCGUCUACAAAAUUGCCAAGAUGUCCUCUGCCAACGUUUACCUCGAGUCCAAGGGUACAUCAGUGGGCCAAGCUACAGCCAUUGGAUCUACGGUGAUCCUGCUCUACACAUCCAGAGCCUGUUACAACCUGGUGGCGGUGGCCAUGUCGCCGCAGGACCGACCCAGUCCCUUCAACUACGGCUGGUACAGCGUUUCCGAUCAGGCCGAAGUGCAGGAGAUCAGCGGCGAAGCCUACAUAGCGUUUGGGAUCAUUCUGUUCUUCUGGGAGCUGCUACCUACAAGUUUAGUGGUGGUUUUCUUCCGAGUCCAGAGACCAAAUCAAAACCUGGCUCCAGGAGGGAUGAUCAACAGCCACAGUUUCAGCUCCAGAGCGUAUUUCUUUGACAACCCUCGACGGUACGACAGCGAUGACGACCUGUCCAGGAGCAUUAACAGCAGGGCCGAUCGCGCCAGCCUCCUCGCCACCACCCCCCAGCUGGGCACGUCGAGUUGGUACGGCUCCAUUCAACGCGACGGAACUCUGGCGGUGGGCGUAGCUCCCGCCCUGCAGCCGCCGCCCUCCACGGCCCCCCUCCUCUUUGCCUACGGAAACAUCCAGAGUCACCACCACAACUACUACUCCACCCCGCAGAGCAACAACCACAACCAUCACCACCACCAUCAUCAUCACCACAGUAACUACUUCUCCACGCCGCAGAGCUAUUACUGUGGCUCGCAAACGUAUUUCUGCACCCCACAGAUGGAGCAGCGUCCAUCCGGAAAGAUUGAAAGAAACUUGACUAAUAACUAACAAGUUCCUGCCUUUUUUGUCACCAUUUUGCUUUCCCGGAUGCAUCAAAGCAGGUACUCUUGAGUAAUAUUCUGAGGCAUUGCUCCAAAUCGCCAAAUUGCUCUAGUGAAGAUGCUUGCAUCCCUUAAGACAUCACUGUCUUUAAAUGGGAUACAUGGACCGGAAAGAAAGCAAGCGCAGGCCGCGGACCAGAGAUCUAGCACUAACAUGGCUGGUGCACCCAAAACCGCAAAGACCAAACUUUUAAUGUUUAAACAUUCAAGUCCGUUAUCAUUUCUAAGGCUGGAAUCAUCAGGGACUGGAUACACAUCCUUUUCUUGGAAAUGUCACCCAAUUGUGCUUCUUCUGUGGAACGAGCCACUCUGCUCAGACGUGCUCCAUGUUGCGAGCUUGCUAACGGAGCUAAUUCCAAACUAUUCACUUCCCACAGACACCUGUGGACACGAAGACGUGCUGUCUUUUGGAGCAGUGCUAGUUGCUAACGGUUAGCUUUAACUCCUAAUCUGUUUCAACUAAGAAAAUUCUUGGAAAAACCUAAAUACAAGAGGCUAACCCCAAACUUCCAUCUAUCAGAACAUUUGUUCGUGGUAAAUGUAUUUAGUUUUCAACUAUUUAUAGUCAGAGCCACAAAAAUAGAAAAGCUGUAUAAAUGAUGUUAGCGAGCUUGAGACUUUAGACGCCAACUCGCUACUGGAUUUGCGUGAUGUUUAGAUAUGUCAAAUAGACUUAGCAGUAUUAACAACUGUCCCCAAAAUAGGUCAUUUUCAGGGUUGACAAAUAUCAUCCGAUUAUUCAUGGAAAUGCGUGUUCUUCGUCAAGCUAAAUAGCACACGGUCAACGUGUGAAAAAUGGAAUCUCUAACUAAAUGGGGGGGUCCACGCAUGAAUUUAACAACCUUUUCAGGCUUUAACAAAAUCGGCUCAUUCACGGUAACUUAGUACUCUUGUAGGAAUAUACUGUACUCCCAAUAAUGAUGCAAUGGAAAGUGUGAAAAAGCUGAGACAAGAGAAUUAAUUACAAGUACCGUUGCUGACUGUUUGAUCAGUCUUCCACAUUUAAGUAGAAAUCAACCCUGGAAUUGUUCGUCAACAGGGUGAAAAUGUUGCCAAAACAGAAGUUUGACCAAAAACCUGUCAUUUAGUUUGAUCCUUUAGUGAGUUGUAGGGCAAACAUUUGCACUUAGUUCACCUUCAGAGAGAAAGACGUUGGGCAUGGAUGUAGGAUUCUGUCUCCUAAUUGUUUUAUGAAUUUUCUUCAAUCAUCGCCUCAAUUUGAUAUUUUACCAUUUUUAGCCUUUCAGAAAGGAAAUAUCAAUGUGCCAUCACAUCUUUAUACUUUCAUUCCUGAAGGAGUCUUUGCACAAGAAACAGUUGGCGUUUUUUAUUUGUGUGUCAACUUAAUCAAUUUCUAAUCCAUGUGUUAUUGAGUCUGCGUGUGUGUAUCUGUGUGUGUGUGUGUGUGUGUGUGUGUGCGGUCUUAGAUUUUAGGUUUUCAAUUUUGCUUUUUAUUUGAUCAAUUUAUAUCAUUAAGUCACACAUUUUCUGAAUCUCAUGACCAAUUAAAGCCUGAAAUAAUAUUUCACUUUAAUGGAGCACUUUCAUACAUG